AUGGUUAAUUCAAAAGGUAUCAGACGUGGAACUCGUUAUAUGUUUUCAAGGCCAUUUCGAAAACAUGGAAUUGAGCCAUUAUCUACCUAUUAUCGAAUAUAUAAACGUGGAGAUAUUGUCGAUAUUAAGGGUAAUGGCGCAUUCCAAAAGGGAAUGCCUUUUAAAGCUUAUCAUGGUCGAACAGGUCGUGUUUUCAAUGUCACAAAGCAUGGCGUUGGCGUUAUCGUUAAUAAAAGAGUUAGGAAUCGAAUUAUACCAAAGCGUAUCAAUAUUCGCAUCGAGCAUGUUAGACCAUCAAAAUGUCGUCAAGACUUUUUAAAUCGUGUUAAAGAAAAUGAAGCGAAGAAAUUGGCAGCAAAAAAUGGCGGUCCAAGAAUUCCAAUCGCUCGUAAGCCAAAAGAACCAAUGAAGGCACAUUUAGUAAAGACGAAAGGGAAUAAACCACAACUUCUUGCACCAGUUAAAUUUGAAAUUGUUGCUUGA